AUGUCGAAAGCUCUGCCCCCCAUUCAGGAUCAUCGUCCGGCUUCGGUGGAGCAAAGCCACUCCUACUCCCGUUACUCUGCCCGUGGUUCUAGGCACGAGGAACACCAGCGCUUCUACGCGUCCUCGGCGCGUGUGCGCUCGCUCAGUCCAGGGGCCACGGCCGACUCUCACCUUACGGGGCUCUCAACGUUGCCCCGACUGCCACAGGUGGAGUUCUCCCUGGGCCCUAUCCAAGAGCGCAACAUUCCACCUUACAAUGACCUGGAGGACCCGCACCUGGUGCCGUACUGGGCACGGAAAGUGAUGCUGAUUCAAGAAAGAGCCGCUCAGCGUCGCCGUCUGCGUCGUCAGCAGGAGAUGGAGGAGCAGCGCAUGGCAGCAGCGCGUCGCCGCUUCCUUCAUCGCCGCCACCAGGAGCGAGAGGAAAUGGCAUCCCGGAAGGGUGAGCAGACUCGUCAGCGGGAGGAAGAGGAGCGUCAGUCGACGACUCGCGGUGCGUCCAAGAACUCGAGACAUGCACCGACGAAGCCGUCGGCCGCGCGCAGGAGCGGUGCCACGGCAGGUGGGCGAUCCCGUCAGCAGGCAGCAACCCACCGCUACUACGAAGCGGGCAGUAACUUGCACGCAGAGGAGAUGGUGGAGCGCGCGACUGGCGGCUUACCCGCUGACCACGAGUACGUGACAAGCUCCUCAUCAGCGACCACGAUCCGCAGUGCCUCCUCCCACAGCGACGCUGCCAGCAGCUACAGCAACCGCCAUCACGACGAGGAGUACUACGCUAAAGAGGACGGAGCUGCGGUACCUGCAGCGCCGCCGCUGACUGAGGAAGAGGAGAAGACCUACCCCGACGAGGCGGGCUACUCCACGGAGGACAUGAACAGAGACGCAGAGCCGGAGGACGCGGUGAAAGAAGUCACCUCGCGCUCCUCCAUCUUGAAGUCCUCCUCGUCCUUCUCGUCCUCGUACUCCAGCAACCGCCAGUCAUCCCUCCGCGAUCACGCGGCCGAGGUGGCGCGGGAGCAGGCGAAGGCGGAAGCGCGCGCGGAGGCAGAGGCGGAGGCAGGAGCAUAUGUAGGGGAUGGGGCAGAAGACUCCUAUGCUGAUGAUGGUUUUGAGGACAACCUCUCACAGUCGCAUCACCAGUCGUCGGCCGCCGCUGCCUACCUCUGCCCGCAGGAGGAGGACGGCAAGGCAGAGGCCCUCCUGGAACCGGAGGCGGUCUACCCCCUUGAGACGACAGAGGAGGAAGCCCAUAAGGAGUCGUACGAUGAUGACGAGUUUGAAAAGAGCUUCGCCUCUAGAGAUGCUGCUGACGAUGUGGAGGGUGCACCCGCGGCACCGCUGCAGCAACAGCCGGAGUACGUGGAGGAGGAAGAGGCAGAGAAGCCGGCAGCCGCUGACGAGGCCAGUGACGAUGCCAAGUCGGGCUCUUACGAAGAGGAGCGACUCGAUUACGACGAGUUGCUCUCCCCGAAAAAGGCCUCACACAACACCUCGGAUGCUGAUGUGUCACUCAUCGAAAAAUAUGAGGAGGACCAGGCAGAAGUCUCUCCCGAGGAUGCGCAGUGUGUUACAGCAACGCUGACAGCCACAGAAGAUGUGAAGCCAUCGGAGAAGGACGACGUCGAGGGCAGUGCCGCCGAGGUGCAGUCGCAGGAAGAAUACCCGCAGACUGCCCUUGGCCAGGGAGACGGCGAAGACGAAUUCGAGGAUGAGCUGUCCACCAGUAAGUCGUCGGCCGCCGCUGCCUACCUCUGCCCGCAGGAGGAGGACGGCAAGGCAGAGGCCCUCCUGGAACCGGAGGCGGUCUACCCCCUUGAGACGACAGAGGAGGAAGCCCAUAAGGAGUCGUACGAUGAUGACGAGUUUGAAAAGAGCUUCGCCUCUAGAGAUGCUGCUGACGAUGUGGAGGGUGCACCCGCGGCACCGCUGCAGCAACAGCCGGAGUACGUGGAGGAGGAAGAGGCAGAGAAGCCGGCAGCCGCUGACGAGGCCAGUGACGAUGCCAAGUCGGGCUCUUACGAAGAGGAGCGACUCGAUUACGACGAGUUGCUCUCCCCGAAAAAGGCCUCAUACAACACCUCGGAUGCUGAUGUGUCACUCAUCGAAAAAUAUGAGGAGGACCAGGCAGAAGUCUCUCCCGAGGAUGCGCAGUGUGUUACAGCAACGCUGACAGCCACAGAAGAUGUGAAGCCAUCGGAGAAGGACGACGUCGAGGGCAGUGCCGCCGAGGUGCAGUCGCAGGAAGAAUACCCGCAGACUGCCCUUGGCCAGGGAGACGGCGAAGACGAAUUCGAGGAUGAGCUGUCCUCCAAUAAAUCGUCGGCUACCACGUCUGUGGCGCCAUCGCCUGUCGCAGCAUUGAGGAAGGCCGACGUCCCUAAGGAAGAAGUCGGGGAAGAGCUCGACAGGGAACUCUCCCCGACGAAGGCACCCGAUGCGGAGCGCAAGCGGGAGGAGUCACUGAUGUCAUCGUCGGCUCUCGCACCGGCGCCGCCGUCACCCUCCUCGUCCAACUCAGAAGUGGUCACUGCGUCG